AUGAUUGUUCGUAGUGACAAUGAGUAUCCUUGUUCGCUUAUUAAAAACCAGAGAACCCACGACUCAACUGCCGCGGAAAAGCUUGAACCUGUCACUCUCACAGGCAAGAAACGGUCCCGUUCUGCUCAAUCUAAGAGUGCAAACGGAGGGAGAAACAAGAAGAUAAGGAAGAUAAAGAAAUGUGCUCGAGAGCCGCCGAGUGGGUGCGUUCAUGUGAGAGCAAGGAGAGGCCAAGCAACCGACAGGCAUAGUCUAGCAGAGAGGGAAAGAAGAAGGAAAAUAAACGAGAGGGUGGAAAAACUGCAGCGUUUGGUUCCAGGCUGUGAUAAGAUAACCGGAAGGACUCUUGUUUUGGACGAAAUUAUCAACUAUGUUUUGUCCCUCCAACAUCAAGUAGAGUUCCUGUCAAUGAGGCUUGCUUCUUUGAAUAUCGUGUUUCAUGAUUUCGGAGUCGAGCACGAAGCCUUGAUGGCCAAACCAUUGCCAUCACUGCAACAAUGCAACCCUACUCAGGCUAUUCCUUUUGCUGAUACAAUCACCGCCGCCGCUGCUUGGGAUAAUAACAUUGUCCUUGUGGAUACUUCAGCGGCAUUUAUAAUUGACCAGGAUUACGAUGGUUUAUUGUGGGAUGGGGAAGACCAAAGACAACCAUUUCUAAAUCCAUUCCACUGGUGA